CACCAGAACAUCACGCUCGCUUUCCACUUUCAUCGCAACACCGCACUGAACCGAGGUGCUGCCACUGAGGAAAUGGCUCUCAGAUGACCUUGGCCUCGAUCUGGCUACACUGCACAGCCAAGAAUGGACAAGGACAAGGCCAGCGACGGGCCCUCCGUGACGUCGUCCGCUUCUUACGACUAUACCUCACUCCCGGACUGGGACGACGACUUCUACGGCGACGAUGACAUCCUGGCAUUUGCCUCGGCGCUCGCAGCGCCCGAGCAGCUAACAGCCUCACCCUCGGAAGAGGAUCUCUCGAAUCCGAAGCGACCAAACACCGAGUUCAUCACCGCCUUGAACGAUUGGCGUCCUGUACGUCAGCGGAAAGUUCGUCGUCCCGGAGAGGUGGCUGCUGGGAAGAAGAGCAAAUCUGUAAAAUCGCGUCGCGGUAGAGACGAGACUCGGGAGGGCUGGACCUACUCGAUUACCAAGUAUCCGUUGUUGCUAUUCGUCUUUGGCUGGAUUUCGUUCCUGGGAAUCUGCUAUCUACUCACAAGAUUCUACAUAUACCUAUACGAACAAUUCGUGACAUGGCGGGGAAAACGGAACAAGCUGAGGAAGAUGUUGAGAGCUCAGGACAAUUACGAAGAUUGGGUAAAGGCGGCGAAGGACCUGGACAAACAUCUUGGCAACGAUGUGUGGAAGGCCAACGAUGAAGGCUCAUACUACGAUUGGAAGAUGGUCAGGCAGGUGGUGAAGCAAUUGAGGACAUUGCGGGCCGAAGCUGAGGAAGACGAGCGAGACAAUGACGGCCGGACAGGACGCGGUGGAAGUCGAGCUGUGGACGAGCUCCGAGCAGUCUUAGAAUCCUGCGUGAAGAACAACUUCGGCGGGAUCGAGAAUCCUCGUUUGUACAGUGAGACAUACUACGGAACGAAGAAUCUGCUCCAGAAGUACGUCGAGGAGACAUCGGAGUCUCUCAAAUUCCUAUUCUCGAGUCAACAGCUCAGCCAAACGGAGAAACGCUCCCUGGCAAAGCAUCUUUCAGCGAACUUUGGACGGACUGCGUUGUGUCUGUCCGGUGGCGCUACUUUUGCCUACUACCACUUUGGGAUCGCAAAAGCCUUGCUCGAUGCAGACCUCCUUCCCAACAUUAUCACGGGAACCUCGGGCGGUGCUCUGGUCGCGGCAUUAUUGUCUACAAGGACAGAAGAAGAGCUGAAAAAGCUACUGGUACCCGCGCUGGCUUUCCGAAUAACAGCCUGCCACGAUCCUUUCUGGGUUUGGCUCAAGCGAUGGUGGAGGACAGGUGCUCGCUUCGACUCCGUUGACUGGGCUAAGCGAUGCUCGUGGUUCUGUCGUGGUAGCUUGACUUUUCUUGAAGCCUACCAGCGGACGGGUCGAAUUCUGAACGUAACAUGCGUGCCCAGUGAUCCUCAUUCGCCAACCUUUCUGGUCAACUACCUCACCGCUCCGGACUGUGUGAUUUGGUCGGCUGUGCUUGCAUCAGCCGCCGUGCCUGGGAUUCUCAACCCUGUGGUGUUGAUGCGCAAGUUUCCGGACGGCUCACUGGCUCCGUACAGCUUCGGACACAAGUGGAAAGAUGGAUCUCUGCGGACGGACAUUCCUCUAAAGAGUCUGAACCUGCACUUUGGCGUCAACUUCAGCAUCGUGUCGCAGGUGAAUCCUCACGUCUCGCUCUGGUUCUUCUCUUCUCGCGGCACAGUCGGGCGACCAGUAACACAUCGGCGCGGACGUGGUUGGCGAGGAGGAUUCUUGGGCUCGGCCAUCGAGCAGUUCAUCAAGUUAGAUUUGAACAAAUGGCUCAAAGUCCUCCGACAUCUGGAGCUCCUGCCCAGACCUCUAGGACAAGAUUGGAGCGAGGUCUUUCUCCAAAGAUUUUCUGGCACCAUCACGAUCUGGCCGAAGACGAAGAUUUCUGACUUUCCGAACAUCCUUACUGACCCUACCAUGCCUCGUCUGGCAGGCCAGAUCCGAGCUGGACAAUUAGCGGCGUGGCCUAAGCUCAAAUUCAUCAGCAAUCGCCUCGCCAUCGAAAAGGUCAUCGAGGAAGCGCGAGAAGCCACACGUCCUGCCGAACAACCAUUUCCCACACCUCUGCCCGAUGAAGGACGUCUCCGAAGCGUUCUUAGCGAGGACGAUCUGCAAGGCUUACUGGCCAAAGCG